CACUUUCAAUUCACUUGCUUUUAAAUUAUUUAACAUUUUCUCCCGUUAUGCUUUCUUCCGUUUUCGAUUUCCGUAUAAAGUCACUUCUCCUCGACACUUUCACGCGUAAUGAAUCGAUUUUGGCUGACCACCGCAGGUUUAUAUGUACCACGAUCCGAGUUGCGUCGCUCGCAUUAUGCUGAUUUAGAGGGAGGAGGAGGAGAAGGAGCAGGGGUCUGGAAACUAGGGGAGCCGAAAGGUAAAAACUCCAUUAAGGGAUCUGCGCACGACGUGCAAUCGACAAGCGAAUCGUGCGGCAAAUGCAUGCGACAAGUUUUGCAAUGCCCCAUCCUCAGGGGAAAUUCGGAUGGAGUACGAACCGCAGUCGGUGGUCAAACUUCAAAUGGGAAGCCAUUACUGUCAGCAUGUGCACUUCAUUUGCCCAAAGCCACGGAUAACAUUUCUGAAUGCACGCGCUCCACUACAGCAACUUUUACUGCCGCCACCAGCUGCAGAAAAAAGACAAAAUAAGCCAAAAACCAACCAAGUGGCAAGAGCUGCAAGAAACCCAUUGCGAUCACGUUCCAGGCACCUUUUUAUACCUUAUGACUCUGAUUGAUGGCCGUUGCCAAAAUAUAAAUGCCAAAAUAUCACACGCCA